AUGGCGGAGGGAAUGCGCGACGAGCAAGAAGGGCCAUCGCGGGCCUCGACCGUGCCUGCCAUCAUCACCACCAACGCCUCGUCGUCCAGCAUCAUUCACCACGAUCUGUCCACCUCCGCCUCCAAUAGUCCUACCAUCUUCAAUCGCGGCGAUCACAGUCCCAGUUCUCCCAAUCCUAGUCUCCUCCGCUCCUCGCAAAGUUUUCCGAUCGGCUCCGCCUCCGAUGUGACCGCUGCGUCGAACGGAUACCAACAGCAUGCCAGAAAGGAUUCCCGCACCAUUCCGGCCGCCAGCAACGGCUCCGUCAAGAAUCUCGCCUCCUCCCCUACCUUUGUCCACUCCAGCGCCGACUCCAGCGCCAUCGAUCCCCUAUCUCAACAUAUCAUCAAACGAACCAACACCCAAAAAACCAUUCCUUUGAAGCUGUUAGGGAGAGCCUCCACCGAGGCGGAGCUGGGCGGAAGCGAUCCACGCGCCUCGUUGGACCAUGGCUCUGCCCGCGGAGAGACCGCGAUGUAUACGAAGGCUCCGAAGGAGAAGAAGAAAGGGGUAUCCUUCCUGAGUCGAAUCAUCCCCGGCAAGAAGAAGACCGAGUACCCGGACGACGAAGACGAUGUCUCCGAGCCCGAAACCAGCCGCAUGGAUCCCGACGCUGCCGCUCAGCCCAUAGGCUUCGUACCACGAUUUCCUCCCCCGCCGAAGUACAUCCGCGUGCGCGCACACUACAAGAAGGAGAAGACGUUUAACCGGGUCUUCCUGGCUCAGGAGCUGGACGGCGCCGACGACUCGGCCAGCGUCUCGGACCAUGACGCCAUCUCCACGGCAGGCCCGCAGAACGAAAAAUAUACGGGCAAGGCGAUCUGGGCGCUGGUGUUCUCCAAUGAUGGCAAAUACAUGGCUGCCGCCGGGCAGGACCGCAAGGUGCGCGUCUGGCAAGUCGUGGCGUCGCCAGAGGAUCGGACCUCCAGUGAGCCGGGUAGUGACGACGAUGCGCCACGACUCAACGCCCAAGUGUUCAAAACGCAACCGGUCCAGGUGUACGAGGGCCAUACCGGCAGUAUCCUGGACCUCAGCUGGAGCAAGAACAAUUUCCUGCUUUCCUCCUCCAUGGACAAGACCGUCCGGCUGUGGCAUGUUAGCCGACCCGAGUGUCUCUGCUGCUUCCAACACAGCGAUUUCGUCACCUCCAUCCAAUUCCACCCACGCGAUGACCGGUUCUUCCUAGCGGGGUCGCUGGACACGAAACUGCGACUCUGGAGUAUUCCCGACAAGAGCGUGGCUUUCGUGGCCACGGUCCCCGACAUGAUUACCGCGGUGGCAUUCACACCGGACGGACGACAUUCGAUCUCGGGCAGUCUGAACGGACUUUGCAAUAUCUACGAGACCGACGGCCUCAAGGCGGUUGGACAGAUUCACGUGCGCUCUGCUCGCGGUCGCAACGCCAAGGGCAGCAAAAUCACCGGAAUCGACACCAUGUCGUUGCCGCAUGGCGACCCGCACGGCGAGGUCAAACUGUUGAUCACCAGCAACGACUCCCGCAUUCGACUCUACAACUUUCGCGACCGGACGCUGGAGGCAAAAUACCGCGGCAAUGAGAACACGUGCAGCCAGAUCCGCGCCUCCUUCAGCAAUGACGGCAAACACAUCAUCUGCGGCAGUGAGGAUCGCCGCACCUAUGUCUGGCCGGUGGGGCCCGUGGAGAAAGACGCCGACAAACGGGCCGUGGAGAUCUUCGACACACAAUCCGCCCUGGUGACAGCCGCCAUCAUGGCGCCCACCCGCGCCAAACAGGUCUUGGGAUUUUCCGAGGAUCCCAUUUAUGAUAUCUGCAAUCCGCCUCCCGUGACGCUCGUCAGUCAGGCGGACAAAGAGAAUGGACGAGCGAACCGCAUGUCGGCGGCUAGUAAGCUGGCGCAAGAGUCUCCGACGUUCAUGUCGCGGUCCACGCACCCGGACGGGAACAUCCUCAUCGUGGCAGACUAUGCCGGGAAGAUCAAAGUCUUGCGACAAGACUGUGCCUACCUAAAACGGCGCUACGACAGUUGGGACACGCAUUCCACGAUAUCGCGACGCAUUCUACGACGCACCAACUCGGCGCGCCACAGCAUUGCCUCCUCCAUCGGCAAGGAUUCAAUGAAGACGACGCCGUCGGAGCGCAUCAUUUCGUGGCGCAACUCUGUUAUCCGACAUGGCAACCGUUCCGGCAUGCGCACGCCGCGCACACGCAGCCCGUCUCCCCACAAGUCAGUGCGCGACACUCUGCCGGGCUACGCCAGCCCGGGACGAGUCUCGACGGGAGCACGACCCGAUUCACGCUCUAUCUAUACCACCUCCCCUCCGCCCUCCGCGUAUAAAAAUUCCAUGGACAGCCGACGAUCCAGCGCAGACACCACCCGGAAUGGGCACAACGGUGCUGCAGUCGACAGCAGGCAGCCCGUCGCCGGGACCACCUGGUUCCCCAAGGGCGGCGACAAAGAUAACCCGCUCUGGUUGCAAGGGGAGCAGAGCUACGCAUUCUACAAUAAAAUUGCGCAUGAUGCAAUGACGGUGCAGAAUCGUAAGCGCCAAGAGGGCAACGGACUCCUCACUCCGCAUCGACUGUCGGUGCCGGGGGAGCGCCAAUUGAGCCUGGGCAGUGCGCUGAGCAGCGACUAUGCGUCGUCGAACGGGGACGGGGAAGACGGCGAGGUAUUGAAGUGCGAUAAUUGCCGGGGGACGAAUUUCCGGGCGACCAAAGCAAGAAAUGGGAAGCAGCGACUAGUGUGUGUGCGAUGCGCACGACCUAUUAGCUGA